AUGAUAGCCUCUUCUUCUUCUUCUUCUUCAAUCUCCCUAAAGAACCCCCAUAGAAUCACAAAUCCGAAAACCCAAUCCUCCCUUCAAACUCCUUCCAUCCUACAAUUCCCCAAACACUCCCCUCCCACAAAUUUCCCACCUCCAAUUAGAAGGAGAGAUGGCCAAGACAACAAGCCUCAACAAGUAGUAGUCAAGGAGGAGGUUCAAAAUAGCAAAGGAUGGAACUUUCUACAACGAGCCGCCUCGAAGGCGCUGGACGUGGUCGAGUCGGCUUUGGUCGCUCAGGAGCGUCGCCACCCGCUUCCCAAAACCGCCGACCCACGUGUCCAGAUCGAAGGAAACUACGCACCGGUGCCGGAGCAGCCGAUCGUUCAUGAUCUGCCCGUGGUUGAGGGGGAGAUUCCGGAUUGUAUUCGGGGGGUUUAUGUAAGGAACGGGGCGAACCCGCUCCACGACCCGGUUGCCGGGCACCACUUGUUUGAUGGGGAUGGGAUGGUCCAUGCGGUCCGGUUCGGGGACGGUUCGGCCGACUACUGCUGCCGGUUCACGGAGACGAGCAGACUGGUUCAGGAGAGACAAUUGGGUCGCCCGGUUUUCCCCAAAGCCAUCGGCGAGCUCCACGGCCACUCCGGGAUUGCGCGGCUGCUGCUGUUCUGCGCCCGCGGUCUCUUCGGCAUUGUUGACCCUUCUCACGGGACCGGCGUGGCGAACGCCGGGUUGGUCUAUUUUGGCGGAAGAUUGCUCGCGAUGUCGGAGGAUGAUUUGCCGUACGAGGUCAGGGUCCUCCCCACCGGCGACCUGGAAACCGUCGGCCGGUUCGAUUUCGACGGGCAGUUGGCCAGCACGAUGAUCGCCCACCCGAAGAUCGACCCGGUCACCGGGGACAUGUUCGCGCUGAGCUACGAUGUCGUGAAGAAGCCGUACCUCAAGUACUUCCGAUUCUCGGCGGCGGAGGGGGGGAAAAAUCCCCAAAUUGAAAAAUCCCCUGAUGUUGAAAUUGAGCUGGAACAGCCGACGAUGAUGCACGAUUUCGCCAUAACGGAGAACUUCGUGGUGAUCCCCGACCAGCAGGUGGUUUUCAGGCUGCAGGAGAUGAUCCGCGGCGGGUCGCCGGUGAUGUACGACAAGGAGAAAGUGUCCCGAUUCGGGAUUCUGGACAAGAAUGCCGCCGACGGGAAAUCGAUUCGAUGGAUCGAAGCUCCCGAUUGCUUCUGCUUCCACCUAUGGAACGCGUGGGAGGAGCCGGAGACCGACGAGGUCGUCGUGAUCGGCUCCUGCAUGACCCCGCCGGACUCCAUUUUCAACGAGAGCGACGAGCAAUUGACCAGCGUCCUCUCUGAAAUCCGCCUCAAUUUGACCACCGGGAAAUCCACCCGCCGCCCGAUCAUCUCCGAGCAGGUGAAUUUGGAGGCAGGGAUGGUGAAUCGGAACUUGCUGGGGAGGAAGACCCAAUUCGCUUACUUGGCUCUCGCCGAGCCGUGGCCGAAAGUUUCCGGCUUUGCCAAAGUCGACCUCUCCACCGGGGAGGUUCAGAAGCAUAUCUACGGCGAGGGGAAGUACGGCGGCGAGCCUCUGUUUCUUCCCAGGGAGGACAACCCCAAGUCUGAGGACGACGGCUACAUACUAGCCUUCGUCCACGACGAGAAGGCGUGGAAAUCCGAGCUGCAGAUCGUCAACGCCGUGAAUUUGAAGGUGGAAGCCGUUGUCCAGCUCCCUUCUCGGGUUCCAUACGGCUUCCACGGCACUUUCAUAAGCGCCAGCGAUUUGGCAAACCAGGUUACCGCCGUCUGA